CCAACAUGAAGAAUCAACAUCAACUCCAGAUGAAGAGACAGAGCCACAGAACAGAGAUCAGAGGAAGAGAAGAGACAGAAGUCAUGUCCAAAGUGUGGUCAGCUCUCACAUGUCAGAAGGUCGGUGUGACUCUGAUGUCAGAAAAAAGGUCAAGAUGAAAACUUCUGUUGAGAAACAAAAACAAUCCACAAAAGAAAAGAGACGUUCCUCUGCAGGGUCUGGAAAAAGAACAAGAAUUCCACACGAUGUGGAAUUCUACAUGAGAACUAAGUCUGAUGAACGACCUUAUGUCUGUAAAGAAUGUGACACAAGUUUUAGUCAAGUAGUCAAUCUCAAAACACACAUGGGAACUCAUAUAGGAGAAAAGCGUUUUUCUUGUAAAGAAUGUGAUAAAAGGUUUAGUUAUAAAUCUUAUCUCAAAAGACACAUGCAAAUUCAUACAGGAGAGAAGCCUUUUUCAUGCAAAGAAUGUGAUAAAAGUUUUAGCACAAUAUCUAGUCUUAAAUCACAUAUGAGAACUCAUACAGGAGAGAAGCCUUUUUUGUGUGAACAAUGUGAUUCAAGUUUUAGUCAGAAAUCAAGUCUCAAAGUACAUAUGAGAAUUCAUACAGGAGAGAGGCCUUUUUUGUGUGAACAAUGUGAUUUAAGUUUUAGUCAGAAAUCAAGUCUCCAAGUACAUAUGGGAACUCAUACAGGAGAGAAGCCUUUUUCAUGUAAAGAAUGUGAUAAAAGUUUUAGCACAAUAUCUAGUCUUAAAACACACAUGAGAACUCAUACAGGAGAGAAGCCUUUUUUGUGUGAACAAUGUGAUUCAAGUUUUAGUCAGAAAUCAAGUCUCCAAGUACAUAUGAGAAUUCAUACAGGAGAAAGGCCUUUUUUGUGUGAACAAUGUGAUUCAAGUUUUAGUCAGAAAUCAAGUCUCCAAGUACAUAUGGGAACUCAUCCAGGAGAGAAGCCUUUUUCAUGUAAAGAAUGUGAUAAAAGUUUUAGUCUGGUAUCUCAUCUCAAAGCACAUAUGAGAACUCACACAGGAGAGAAGCCUUUUUUGUGUAAAAAAUGUGACAAAAGUUUUAGUCGAAAAUGUCAUCUCAAAUCACACAUUAGAACUCAUACAGGAGAGAAGCCUUUUACCUGUAAAGAAUGUGACAGAAGUUUUAGUCAUGCAGUUUCUCUCAGAAUACACAUGAGAACUCAUACAGGAGAGAAGCCGUUUACAUGUAAAGAAUGUGACAAAAGUUUUAGUCAAAUAUUUAAUCUCAAAUCACACAUGAGAAUCCAUACAGGAGAGAAGCCUUUUUCGUGUAAAGAAUGUGAUGAAAGUUUUAGUUAUGGAUGUUCUCUCAAAAAACACAUGCGAAUCCAUACAGGAGAACGGCCUUUUUUGUGUUAACAAUAUGAUUUAAGUUUUAAUUAGAAAUCAAGUCUCAAAUCACACAUGAGAAUUCAUAAAGCAGGGCCUUUUUGAAAACAAGGGAAACUCACGACAGAGGACUCGUAAUGAAAAGACAAUAAUUGGUUUAACUAGGAAGGUUUUAGUAUUGUGAAUGGCCAUGUAAAAUCAACUUUCAAAAAGUGUAUUAUAAUGUUUAUUCGUCAAUAUACCCCCCCCCCCCCACCCAAAGCGCAUUUCUGAGUAACGUCGGGUUCACACUGGACACCGAAGCGCCGCAAACGGAUGCUGCUUCCAUUCGGCGCCCUUGUUAACCUAGGGCGUCGUUCACACCAGGCGCAGAGCGGUGCGGUCCUCCACGGAGGGCCCAUGCGGUGCAGCGGAUUGUUUCAGUGUCUACUUUAUUUUGUGUGUGAGCCGCAAGCGUUCCGCGUCAAUUCUGGCAGGAAAUUACAUCAAGAUACACGAGAAAAUUUGGUUUAUAUUCAACAUAUAACCAAUUUUUCACAAUAAAUUGAUUGACAAAUGCGAUCAUGUAAACAGACCGUAAAGAUGAAAAUAAACAUGCAAUCACAACACCCCCACACACACGUGAGCACAGACGCACAACACAGACAGGCAUGCACACAGAGAUCAACAUAGGCUAGUGGGCAGACUCGGACGUGGGGCUGCUGGGUUUCGGGAGUAAAAAAAAAAACAACAAGAGACAGAGAGCAGCUCCUCUUAGCAGGAACAUGAGGUAGUAUUUUUAGUUUAUCAAUUUACCAACGCACACAUGUGCAAGCGUGCACAGACACACACAAAACACAGACACACACACGCACACGCGCGCACACAGAUCAAUAGUUGGUAAGUAAAUGUAAAGUUACCUAAAAAUAAAAUGACCUAAAAAAGUUACCUAAAAAUAAAAUGACCUAAAAGCUCUUUUGAAUACAAAUGUCUUGACCUGACUUUUAAAACACUCAACGGAGUUAAUCUGUCGUACUGACAUCAAUGUAGUGAGCCGACUCUGGAGCGGGUGUGGAGGGCUCCUGGUUAAUUUUAGAAAUUAAUUUAAAAAAAUCAAUCAUGAAUAAAUAAAAUAAUAACAAUGACCAUACAGCAGAUACAGACGACUGAAGAAACCACAUAUUGACUGACUGACUACAGCAGUGUUUCUUAAAUGGUGGGGCGCGCCCCCCUUUGGGGGAAUGAGGAUAAAAACAUGUUUAAAUUAGUUACGGAUAUUGUGCAUAAUACUAUGUAGUGUUGACAAUAAAUAUAUAUAGCAAAAACAACCUAAAAAUCCAUUUGGUUGCAGAAAGAGCCGCUGUUUACACUGAACCAAUGAAAAAGAACUGAAUCUCUGAGAAAAGACCGAAUUCAAUUCACUUUGUCUGAAAGAUUUGGAAGGAUUCUAAGAAAAAAA